GAGAAAGAUGGAUUCAAGAACUAGAAGAAGCGGUGGAGGGCUUCUGGAAGGGCUAUACAGGUUGCUUAUGCGCCGGACCUCCGUCUACGCCACAUUCGUGAUUGUCGGUGCUUUCGUCGGAGAACGGGCUGUGGACUAUGGAAUUCAUAAGCUCUGGGAGCACAAUAAUGUUGGGAAGCGAUACGAGGACAUUCCAGUUUUGGGACAGAGGCCACGAGAAUGAAGAGCCGAUCUUCUUCUCCCUAACGGAAGAAGAAGAAGAAGAAGAAGAAGAAGAAGAGCUGCUGAUCUCUCUUUUCCAGUAUUAUUUGGGAAUUCUUUGAAGAGCUGAAACUAAAUGAUUAUAUUGAUUUUUGGGAAUU